CUUGACGACAGCUGUCAUUAAGCAAAAGAAGCUCGUCACGGAGUCCAAAACCUAAUGAAAUUAUUUUUUUUUCAUUUCUAUUUUCUUAAACAGACAUGGAAAGUAUAAAUAAGUCAAGACGAUCUAUAAUCCAACCGUAUGUUCCAGUGCAUAGACGCAACAAACAAGAGCAGCACUCUUCAAUAGCACCUCUUCCUACUUCUCGAUCUUCUUCUACUAUCAACGUAAAUAAAGACGAAAGCGAUAUCAAAAGAAGAGGCCGAGGACAGUUUAGAGCACCCUCAAAUGACAGCAUUAAUAACUUGACAGGUCUGGAGGAAGCUGAAAACUCAAAAAGCGAAUUGGUCGAUAUUUAUGAGAGCAAAGAAAAGAACAAAGACGAUAGUCUUGAGAGUCAUAAUCAAGAGACAGGGAAAGCAGAACCAACUACUAAAAAAGAAACAGAUAAAGGCGAAACCAAAGUAGAGGAAACAAAGACAGAAGAAAAAGAUGAUUGGGAAGAAGAGGACUGGGAAGCAUCUUUAAAUUUAGACGUAAAAACAAAACUACCUACUAAAUCUCCAUCACCAUCAACACCCACAGCAACCGUUCCUAGUCCAAUAAUAGAUGACGAUGCAACAACUGUACUCGACUGUUUCGAUUUUCCUAGUUCGUUCAAAACAUUUCAUCUUCAAGACAUCUUUAAAGAAUAUGAAACAAUGAAAGGCGGAUUCAGUAUAAAGUGGAUGGAUGACACUCGAGCAUUAAUUAUAUUUGAGCAUCCAAACACAGCAAAAAAAGCCUAUAUUGAUAACCUGAACAGUCCACUUAUCAAAAUCAAACCUUAUAAAGGAGAAAUCGAUAAAAAACCUACUGGACCUAUUCCUCGUCGACCAGUGACGACUGAUAUGGUAGCCAGGAGAUUAGUACACAACGCAUUAGGAGUUCGAUCAACAAAGACAGCAGAGCAAAGACAAGCUGAAAAAGAUUUACUGAAAGCAGCAAGAGGUAAGCAUCAAAUUCAAUUAGCAAUCACACCUAUUGAUCUUUCUGUUUAUUAGAGCAGCGUCAUGCUCAAAAAGCAAAUAUAGUUAAUAGAGAAAAAGAAAUUGCUAAUGCGUUUGAUGAAUAGCCAACAUAAAAUGCGUCACUUCAUGUACAUCUUCAUUUCAGAUCAAAAUAAUAAACUAUUAUUGGCUUAACUCUCUGCAUGAUUAAUUUUAUGAAUACAUCUUGUAUAUCAUGCGCCAUC